AUGAACACGGUAACGGCGUCGAACCUUUUGGAGAAUUCCGUUUUCUCCCUCAUGGAUCAAGAGAACAGUCGCCGCAUGGUUCCCCACGAUAAAAUACAAUGGAUAUGGCAGUACGGGGCACAAAACGAGCCAUUGCCAGGAACGGAAACAGAGAAUAUGUCGGCUGUUUACCGCCGUGUUGGCACAAACGAUGCGGAACACGCAAAGCUUUGCCACGAGUGGUACUAUGGGGAUAAUAUGCCUCAGAGGUUUAAGAAAAUCUGUGAGGAAGGUGGAAGUCGCAACGCCUUUGGGUACCGUCCGGUACUGCGCGUCUCAAAGGAGGUCUUGAAGGACCAAAACGGUCUGGAGCGUGCAUAUGACAUCACAUACCUGACUGAAACCCGUUACAUUGAUUUUGACACGCUUUGGGGAUAUAUUACGGCGUUUGGGCGUGGCCUCGCGGAGCUCGGUAUUCGGCCGAACACCAAUGUCGCCAUUUACGAAGAGACACGUUGGGAGUGGCUAGCGACUAUCUACGGCAUUUGGUCACAGAGCAUGGUGGCUUGCACCGUGUAUGCAACAUUGGGCGAGGCCGCGUUGGCGUAUGCAUUCAGGGAGACGGAGUGCAGUGCGAUUGUGUGUAACGCGGCGUCGGUGCGGAAUCUGCUAAGGAUGAUGCGCGAGGAUUUAAUACCUUCUGCUGUUAUUAUAUACUUGGGGGAGCUACCGCCCGAUGUCGAAGCAGGAAGUCACCGAAUUUUCUCUUGGCUUCACAUCGUCGAUAACGGCCGCAUUUCGGAAGAACCCCUGAGAAUUACGACCGACAAUGAUCAACUGGCUUUCAUCAUGUACACAAGUGGUACCACUGGAAAUCCAAAAGGAGCGAUGCACACACAUGGUUCUCUUGUCUCCGGGGUUUUGGCCUGCGCCGACCGAGUGAAUGAUCUCAUUGGUCCGUUUGAAGUGGGGGAGGCAUACUGCGCGUAUCUUCCACUUGCCCACAUAUUUGAGUUUGGCGUUGUCAAUAUCUUUUUGGCGCGUGGAUCUUUGGUUGGUUUUGGAAGUCCUCGCACUCUUCUCGACACCUUUACCCGUCCGCAUGGCGACUACUUCGAGUACAAACCUGUCUUCACCAUCGGCGUACCACGCAUUUUUGAUACAAUCAAGAAAACGGUGGAGGCAAGGUUGGCGCCACGCGGUUCUCUGGAGCGUCGAAUAUUUGAACAUGCCUUUCAGAGUCGUCUACGGGCGCUGAAGGAUGGAAUGGAGACGCCCUACUGGAACGAGGUGGUGUUUGGGCCUUUUCGCUAUCUGCUUGGUGGGAAGAUGCGCACGAUGCUUUCAGCUGGCGGUCCCAUUAGUGCUCCCACACAAACUUUUCUCAAUGUCGUUUUUGGGUUAAUGGUUCAGGGUUGGGGUCUCACAGAGACCGUUUGUGUAGGGACAAAACAGCUCUGCGGCGACAUUGAAACCGUCGUGGCAGGACAACAGGAGCGCAUAUGCGAGAUGUGUCUUUUGGACGUGGAUGAGUACAAGCACACGGACACCCCCGAGCCGAGGGGGGAGAUUCUUCUGCGGGGCCCGUUCCUCUUCAAGGGCUACUACAUGCAGGAAAAACUCACGCGAGAGGCUCUUGACGAGGAUGGCUGGUUUCACACGGGUGAUGUUGGCAGCAUCACAACACAUGGACGCUUGCGUAUUAUUGGCCGUGUGAAGGCAUUGGCGAAGAAUGUGCUGGGAGAGUACAUUGCAUUGGAGGCACUGGAGUCCAUGUAUGCACACAACGCACUCUGCAUGCCUAAUGGUGUGUGUGUGCUUGUCCAUCCUGCCCGUUCGUACAUUUGCGCGCUGGUGCUGACAGAUGAGACAAAGGCUAUGAUGUUUGCGAAGGAGCACGGCAUUGAGGGCAGCUAUCCGGAUAUCUUGCGUGACCCGGCGUUCCAGCGCAAGGCCACGGAGUCCAUGCAGGCAACGGCACGAAAGGCAGACCGGCAGAAAUUUGAGUGUGUGCGGCAUGUGCGUGUCGUUGGUGAUGAGUGGACGCCUGAGAAUGAGAUACUCACGGCGGCUGGCAAAAUGAAGCGCCGCGAAAUUGACAAGCGGUAG